AUGACAAAGCCUCUUGAACUCGUUGCAAGUCAAUUUAUCAGAAACUAUGGAAUCAAUGUUCCAGAGGAAUCCAUUAAGAGAUGCGAAGACAGCCUUAUAGGCUACAUAAACGGUGAAAUAGAUUACCAAAAUUGUCAUUCUGUUUUAAUUGAUCACAUUAAAUCUGAUGAUCCGCUUGUCCAAAUCAAAGCUAUUCUUAGCGUAGGAAAUUCUCCUCUUCCAAGCUAUUCUUCUAAUGCCAUUAAGUUUACUCGUAAUGGAAGAAAAAUAGUAAAAAGCUGGUCUAAAAUCGAAGACAACAGACUCCUCUUUGCAAUUCAUAAGUUCGGGCUUAAUAAUUGGCAGAAAAUUGCCGAAUUUGUUGGUAACAAUCGUUCUAAAACUCAAUGUUCUCAAAGAUGGUUCCGUGUUCUAGAUCCACGCAUUAAGAAGGGUCCAUGGACAGAAGAAGAGGAAUCUCUCUUAAUUCAUCUUGUUCAGAGAUACGGCCUUAAAUCAUGGAAACAGAUCGCAGAACAUAUGGAGCAGAGAACAGAUACACAAUGCCGUUAUCAUUACAACUUAUUACCAGAAAAUAGGAAGGUUCAAUUUAAAAGUGAAGAACAAGAAUCGCCAAGUGAAGAACAGCCUCUUACUCCGCUUCCAGAAUCUCUUACGAAUCUUAAUCCUUCCGUUAUUUCUCAAUUUUUAGAUAUUCAAUUCCCACAAAAUUCCGAAUUUUUUGAUUUUGAAACAUCUUUUACUGUUUAA